AUCUGAGGCUAUGACGUCAAUGAUAAUUAACGUCACGUCACGUCACGUGUCGCGACCUAUUACUACGGAGAAAGGCGGAUAGAGUUCUGCUGCUGUAAACUUUCGCAGACAAGAUGUCGCACCGGAAACCGUAUAUCAGCGUGCACAAGCACCAGAUGCGGUUGAAGAAGUUGUGCCGCGAGUCCUCUCUGCCCGUGGACAAGGUGCGACAACUCAUCGACUACUUCAACUUCGUCACCACCAACCCUCCCGGCAAGAUGCCUCGCGCCCAGUUUCGCGCCGAGAUGACGGAAUUGUUCACUCUCAAUGACGACUUCAUGCUGGACAAUCUGUAUCGUUGCUUCGACCAGAAGAACCGUGGCUACCUGAUCAUGGAGGAGUACGUGCGGGGUAUGGGUAUGUUUCUCUCCGACAACCUUUCGAUCAAGAUUCGCCUCUGCUUCCAGGUGUACGAUCUAAAUGGCGACGGUUUCAUCUCGAGGGAGGAGAUAUUGCAAUGGCUGAAAGGCUCGCUGGUGAAGCAGUCACACGAGGAUGACACAGAUGAGAGCAUCAAGCUCAUCGAUAUCAUCAUGAAGAAGCUAGACGUUGUGGACCAUGACAACAAAGUCAGCUUCAAUGACUUUGAAGUCGCUGUGAAGGAGGACAGCCUUCUGUUGGAGUCCCUGGGGAGGUGCCUGCCGUGUGCAGAUGUCAAAGCCUCUUUUCUUUUGCUCAUCAGCGGGGACGUCUCUCAAGCUCUCACCGCCAGCAUCCCUAACAAACCUUCCUCUCACAAAUAAAAGGAAGCUAGAGCCCUCCCUGGUGUGACCAGAAAAAAGUGAAAGGGGGAGGAAUACAAGCAUUGGUCAGGACAACCACCUUGCGUCUCUCAGACAAACCAAUUAUUUUCUUCUUUCCUUUGUUUCCUAAUUGUUCUCUUAAGUUUGUUUGUGAUUGUGUGAUUUGUUUCUUUGGUUCCCAAGCUUUACAUUCGCCAAGAAGAAAGAUCAAAAUCUUUGAAGAAACAAUUUUCACGAAUAUUUUGGUAAACUUUUCUGGCCUGCUAUUUACUGCCACAAUUUUCUCUUUCGUUCUUCCAGCUAAUUAGUUCGAAAAUAUCAAUACGGAAGUAUAAACUUAAACGUUUUCUUGUUUAAUUUGUUUUUCUGAGGUUCACAUGGUGUCAUAAAGAGUCUUAAAGGAU